UUACUAAACAUUCAAAGUCCCCCUCCAAGAAGCUCCACAAGCACACACUCACAAUUCAAACUACUUUUCUCUGCUGCAUCAAACAAUGGAAGUGGUUACAAGGAUGGUUGCCGAAAGACCGGUGGUGAUCUUCAGCCGGACCACAUGUUGCAUGAGCCAUACCAUCAAGACUCUGAUAAGUGGGUUCGGGGCAAACCCGAUGGUUUACGAGCUCGACGAACUCCAAGACGGGAAACAAGUUGAAAGGGAGCUGCAGCAGAUGGGAUGCAAGCCCAGUGUACCGGCUGUUUUCAUAGGGCAGCAACUCAUUGGAGGUCCUAAUCAAAUCAUGACACUCCAAGUGAAGAACCAGCUUGUCCCAUUGCUCAUAAGGGCAGGGGCUAUAUGGAUUUGACGCAGGCAUGCCUCAAUUUUCUAUGAACAAAAAUAAAAUGAGGCGGGUUUGUCUGUUUUUCUUUCUGGUUUUUGUGGUAUGUACCAUGCUGUUUUUGCAGAGCGUAUCCUUGUACACCGUUUUUGGGGCUGGCCAGGGUCAUAUAUAGUCAUAGUAUAUAUUUUCCUUGUACUAAAACUCAGGAGGAACUUGUAUCAUAACUUGGUCAUGUAAUAUUAUCCCUUUUCUAUGCUAAAUAAAGGUAUAUCUGCUAUUA